UUUCGUUUCUCUCGCGCGCGCGCGCGCGGCUGAUAACAGUGUUUGAGCUGUCAGUCGGUUCGUCGAGCUGAUAGCGAGUCGGCUUCGCAAUUAGAAGCCCGGGUGAAACGUUCGACGAACUCACGGCGAAUUGAUCGGUCGAAUGAAAAUUAGAAGAGUCGCAAGACACGUUAACUGAUAUUUCAACCAUGGCUCUUUCGUACAGAUAAAGGGAAAUGGUGAUCGUUACACGUGAGAACGUUGAAUCACACGAUCGACUCGCCCGGCGGCGAAAAGACAGGAUUCUGGAUGGCAGGCCGAUAAAUAACACAGCGGUUCUUGCUGAAAACAGAGAGAGAAAGAUCGAUUGUGGUUGCGAAAGUAGUGUGAAGAAUUUUUAUCCACAGGUUGAAUCAUUCUCUCUCGGGAGAUCUGGAGCCAAAAGAAUUCUCUUGCGAUUCUGUGAACAACAACGAGUGCGUGGAGUUGGAAUCGACAGUGUGUUAGCCGAGUGAUAGUGCGACGUUUGUUCCUCUCGGAAAGUUUCUUCGCUAAAGAAGUCUAUCUUCGAUAUAUACGUAUUUCUUGCCUCGAUAUUCUACGAGUUGUUUCACUCUGAUCGCGCGCUACUCUCUCGGGACCGUGUCGCGCGGCAGAUACAUACUCGUUGUCACAAAUCAACGGACGCGCUCCGGCGACGCUGGACCGAUAGCGAGUCCCAUUCGGCGCGCAAUCAGGAAUCAUCGAUGGCACGGAGCAUCGAGUGGCUGUUGGCAACGCGCUCCGCCGGUUAAUGCCGGCUGCGACGAAAUUACGCUGUGCCAGCGCAGCCAGAAAUUGCCAGGAUAACGUGGCCGCACUCGAUUACCGGGAGUAGUCAGCAGAAGAGAGAUCCGGAUCCCAGCGGGUGCGUCGCACUAAGGAAGAAGAAUUCACGAAAAUGCGAGCACGUGAUCCCACGGUGAAAGAUGAACGAUGAAAUAAUAUUAAAGACUCUAACCGGUGGCGGCAACAUUCCGUUCGCCGACGAGGAUGGCGCGGUAUCGAGCGGUGUCGAGCAUCGCCGCGCGGAGAGACGAUCGAACGUCACGCGGAGGGAGCUGACGAAAGAAGCGACCGGUCCGAGCCCGUGUCCGAGGAACGUGCAGAGUUUCACCACAUUCCGCUCGAUAGUUCAGCAUUCGAAGAUCGGUCAAGAGGGCGAGCAUCGCAACGUCUCGAUGCUGCAAAAGGGCGCCGCGACGUUUGCCCAGAGGGAGUCUCAGGCUCAGCACAGACAGAUCAAGCAAUCGCCGGCACCGAGGCGGAACAAAAACGAGACGGUGCUGGAAACGGGUUUCGAGCACCCGCUGCAACGCUACGAGAACGCGGUGCUGAAGCAUCAGACGCAUCAGAGGGAUCGAGGGAAACGACAGGCGAGCGGCGACCGGCAGCAGCAACAGCAACAGCAACAGCAACAGCAACAGCAGAGUUACUCGCAGCACGGUUACUCGAGCAGCGACGAGAGCGUAGUGAGGAACAAGUCGAAGAGCAUCAGCUCGAUCGACACGCAAUCGGUAAACAACAUCUUGGACGAGUACGAGGAUCUCGAUUACAGGAGAUCGUCGGACCUGAGCGACGUCGGCAGCAUCAGCGUGUCGAACUUCGAGGCUGUCAUGAUGGAUCAGCAGAAGAAACAGCAGCAAGAGAAGUCGCGGGUGUUGGCGGCCGCCGCGAGGAUGCAGCCCAAGUGUUCGCCGCCGAGCCGGGAGAAACCUCAACCAGUUCUGAAAGUGAACCAGCAGACCCAAGUGAGACAGCGGUCCCGCGAGAGGCAGAAGGAAUCAGGAGUCAGACACGUUCUGCCACCGUCGCCGACCGAGCCGGACAAUUCCUCCUCGUCUUGCGUUUCACCGGCCGCGGCUGUCACCGUCGACAACAGCCGGAUCAGAGUCCCGGAGGUGUUGCUUCGCAAGGGAGAAGUUCAAAAGAGGGUGGACGAGUGGCUGAAUCAGACGCAGAGCCAGAACUUCCCUGCUCCGACUCGGGAGAAACCGUUGACCAGGUCGAACAGCAGCGCCGAUCAGAAGAGCCAGAGGAGGUACCGCCAAGACUCGAGGUCCAGAUCGAUAGACGAAGGAAGAGGGGAGAAGUUGAACGGGACGUCGUCGAGCUACGACGACCUCAGCCGCGCGGACAAGAAGCAGACGGAACGCAAGCUGGUGGACAAGGUAAACGUCGGCGUGAAUACCAGCAGAGGCACCUACAAAGAGUAUCUCGCUUCGAAGAACAGAGGCAAGCAGCAAGAUUACGGCUUCAGCGCGUCGAACACCGCGAUCGGUAGGUCGAGAGAUAUCAGCCCCUCGACCGGCUCGCGAAUUCCCCAGAGGGGACCUCUGAGCUCCAGCUUCAGAUCGAGACGGUUGGAACCUAGCAACGUGGCGAGUCAGGCGGAUAUAGUCGGAGGAGAUUCGUCGCAGCAUCAUCAGGCGGAGAGGAACUGUCGCGUGAGAAACGCUGGCGACAGCAGGCUGACGAAUUUGGCAAAGACGAGAAACGAGUCGGAUCAUGGCAGGAUAUCUGGAGUAAUCGGCGUAGCUACCGGUGUUUCCACCGUAACGACUGGCACGGGCACGAGCGUGGUGACGACGAGCAGCGGCACACUGUCGGUUAUCCCCUGCAGGAAAGCGUCGUUCAAGCGAUCUCAGAAUCACGAUCAAAGCACGGCUGGCGCAACGACGAGAGCGCUCGUUAAGGAAGAGACAGGCCAGAGAGCGAGAGGGGCCUGUGAGGGGAGCAACGUCGUCUCGAAGGGCCCGAGCAACCUUGGUGACCAAGGCGAGCCGAUCUCGCCAAAUAAGGACGGAGAAAGUAGGCGCCCGGCUCUCACGAGCGAUUCACCGCGAGCCGAUGAUAAACCAGCCGAUGCCACUUGUAAAUCGGCGGCGGAGUUCUCGAGAAUCGUGGAUCGGCCUACGCGAGAUGUCCUGAGGAUUACGACCAGCGAAUCGGCCGAAUCUAGGUACAUUCGCGAGAGAGACAACAAGAGAGACAACAAAAUGGAUCAGACGAGGCAAGAAACUGUUUACGGUGCCGUUGGCGCGCGUGUCCGGUGUCUUCAAGGUCAGCAGGAAUCCCGCGUCACGAAACCUCCGAGGAAUCUCCAAGGCGGCAUCGCGCCGUCGGAAACUAGAAAGCCACCGGUUCUACCGAGAAGGGAUCAGGACUCCGCGAAGCAUGACAACCGCGGCAUGAAUUCGCCGAUCGGUUCGCCGACUCAGUCCACCUUCAAGCCGAACAACAGUCGCGUGUACGCGGCGUUGCAGCUGCUGAACGAGCAAAACUCGGCAAAGUCGAGAUCGACGGCGGGCAACAACGGCGUUCAACCAUUGGAAAGGUCUCCGUGCAGAUCGCACUAUUCCUCGCCGAAUCACGUGGAGAAGAUUUACGAGCGUAGCCUGCAGCCUCAGGUGAUUCACGUGGAUGACCUCCAAUCGAUUCUGCGACCUGCUUUGCAGGUCUCUGCUUACGGCGAAGGUGGAACUGGCGGUCGAUUCGAUCUCAAGUCGCCACCCAAAGAAGCGGUUAUACUCGACAAGCGAAACGAAAAGCAGCCAGAGGAAGAGGAGCAGGAAGAAGAAGAAGAAGAAGAAGAAGAAGAAGAGGAGGAGGAGGAGGAGGAGGAGGAAGAGGAAGAGGGGGAGGAGGAGGAGGAAGAGGAAGAGGGGGAGGAGGAGGAAAAGGAAGAAGAAAAAGAAACAGAGGUUUACGAACGGGUCGGCGAGUUGCGGUACGAACACCUGGAGACUAUCGAGGAAGACGAUCAGAAGAGCGAGGCAUCCGUUUGUAGAUACCCGGAGAUCGGAUUGAGUCAGUGCCUGAAAAUUCAGCAAUGCCUGCCGAACGGUAGAUCGAGAGGUCCUCCUCCUCCUCCUCCUCCAUCUGCUCCACCUUCCGCGGAGAAGAAAAAAGAAGCGGCGGCGACGUGCACGAAGCGAGACCAGCAGCAGAACGAACCUGCCCGGACGUUCGUCACGUUUCGCUCGUCCGGCUUCCCUCAGGGCAUCAAGACGACGAGCCUGCAAUCUCGAUCGACCGCGACUGGCUCGUCAGAGUGUUGCAGCGAGCAGGAGGAGAAACGGGAGGUCACCGAGCCGAUCGCGAUCGUCGACGACGACGACCUGGAGAUCCCCUAUCCGGAUUCCGGGAAUUUGGUCGUCGACAGAGGCCAAUCGUGUCACACGCGGGAGAACAGCAAUCUAUCGACCGCCACUAUCCCCCUGGACGAGCUGGAGAGUGAAAGGCAGGCGGCAAAGUUCAAGGCCGAGGACGCGCGUUUUCGAUCGAACGAGAUGCCCGGGCAGACAAUGGAGGCGGGGUCCCACCUUCGGCAAGAGCCUAGCCAGAAACCGGAGAAAUGGGAGGCCGAGAAAGGGGAACGGACCAACUCGCGUGAGAUAGACGGGUCGGUGGUGAACGAAGUGCUGGUGAAGAAUCUUCAAUUCAAGCAGGAUUUACCGAAAGACACGGCGGAGCGUAGCCCCGGACUCGGCGACUCGUUCGGCAAAAUCAUCGAGCACGCCGCGGGCCAACAGAGACCGAUCGUUUUCCACAACGUUCUGUGCGACAAUUACGAGAACGUGCGAAACGCCAGGUUUAAGGAGAGCAAAGUGUACGUGACGAAGGAGGAGAUGGAGCGGCAAAGGCUGAUGGAACUGCUCAGGAAAGGAGACUACGAAUCGGCGAAAGCGGAAUUGGAGAGAAGUUAUACCCUCUCGACCCCGGGGGGUAGCAGCCCCGUUUGUUGCCCGCCGUGCAGCCCACCCCCAGCACCAGCCGCAUACAUAUCGAGCGCACGUGCGUCCUCGCGAAGACUCGCCGCCGCAACUGGGAUCGGAGGACCGCCGUCCCCGGAAAGGGAUCCUCUCGGAAGACUCUUAAGAUUCCUGAAGUCCUUCUACAGGGAGCUAGGCACUCGUGAUCCACCCCAUUUGCCGGGAUGGGCGUCGCCUCUUCCACUCGGCACCCUUUGUCCGGCGCACUUCCAGCCGCACCUGCAGCUGCUGCACAAAGGCGAGCAGGAGCACAGGCUCGAGAACAUCAAGCCCGACCAGAUCUUCGCCCCCGUCAGGCUGAGCGACGGCACGGUGUCGGAAGCGCCCCGCCGCGUGGCCAUCGAGGGAGGUCCCGGAAGUGGAAGGACCACACUCUGCCUCCGGCUUCUCCACCAGUGGGCGAUCCAAGGCGACAGCCCGGCACUGGCGUUCAUCGUUCCCCUCCGUGAACUCCGAGGCAGCCCGGUGCUGAAUUACUUGGCUCGGGAAUUAUUCCCGAGGACGGCGGCGAUCGGCGACGCGGUGGCGCAAGUGUGGCGCACGUUGCACUUGAUGGAGGACCGUGUGCUGUUUAUCCUGGACGGUUACGACGAGUGCGUGGGAGGCAGAGGGUCCCUGGGCGACGCGAUAGACCUCCUCGAGGGACGUUUGUUCCCGGACGCGAGGAUUCUGGUCACUUGCUCGCCGAGCAACUCGACUGUGCUGUCGCCGCUGGUACAAAGGAGGAUCCAUCUGGCCGGUCUCGAGUGGCCCCACGUCGAGAGGCUCUGCGUCGCGUAUUUCAUCCACAACGACAUCGCCGAGAAGGCCUGCGAGUUCCUCGAAGCGCUGAACGUACAGCCACAGGCGGUGAAGCAGCUCGGUCAGCAUCCUCUCGGCUGGAUCAUGCUCUGCUGUCUCUACCAGGAUUCAGGAAGCUUACCGACGGAGACCAGCGCGCUGGUUCAAGCGGCUGUCAAGUGUAUCGUGAAGAGGAGCUUGGAUCCACCUGUUCCCUACAACGAGGAGAUACCGGCCCAUUGCAGAAAGCGACUGGAGGAUUUCGGUAAGGUGUCUCUGGCCGCGCUGAGGGAGGGCAGGUGUUGCUACACCGAGGCUGAACUCCGAGCAAGAGGCGGUGGCGUGGAAGUUACCAGGCUGGGCUUCCUGACCAAAGGGCCGACCUUCGGACAGCGACGGAAGCCAGACUUGUACACGCCGAUUCACAUGGCCGUAGCUGAAUUCCUCGCGGCGUACUACCUAACCUCCGUGGCUCAGUACGCUAAUAUCCUUCGGAGGGAGCUGGAGGGGCUACCGUCGGGGAUCAUCGGUCAUCUGGCUGGCUUACUGGGACCCAAGACGCAUUUGAUACUGAACCAGCUGUGUCCGCUCGAGGUGCCACCGCGAGCGGUGUUCUCGUUGCUGAAAGCGGCCGGUGCCUCGGAUGGGAACAUCUCCGCGGUGUGCAGGUUGGUCGGCGCAGGGCUUGGAUUCGGUCCAGCGCCCAACGAGAGGCCACCGGCGCCUCUGGUGCACACCUCGCCGCUGGAGCUCGAAGGAUGGGCGAGGAUCCUCGAAAGUCCGGCGUGCACCCUCGAAGCGUUGGAAGUGGUGUUUCAGGUGGAACGAGGCUCCGAUCCCAGAUACUUGGACGACUUUUUCGAAGCCCUGGCCGGGAACGAGAGCGUGAAACUCGUGAGAAUCACGUCGCUCCUCGGCCAAGAGUUCCCCGCGGACGAGGCGCAGAAAUUGGCCGGACACUUGAAGAGCGUUCUCGGCAAGAAGAAGCUGAACGACUUCGAGUUGGUUAUAACCUGUCUGGAGGAAGCGGCGCACGACAGAUUGGAGUGCGUGGUGAACGCCCUUUGCCGUGGACUGAGUCACGCGUCAACCAGCCUGGCGCGGUUGGUCCUCGACAUGAAUCUGUCCGGCGAGCAAGUGUCCCGGGUCUGCGAUGCUCUUCGUGGCUGCGUUCAAGUGCAAGCGCUGCACUUGCCCCAUUUGGGCUGCGGCUGCGAAGGGUUGGCCUCGGUCGCCGAGCUGCUCAAGGAGAGGCCGCUGCUCGCGUUGAACCUCGCCGGCAGCUGGGGAGCCAAGAACGAGGAUCCCUCCAGCUCUGGAAUCAGUAUGGGUUCAGGCUCCGGCUCCGGAAGCAGCGGAUGCGCGUCCAGCACCCUUGGCACGCUACCACUGAAUCGCUGUUACUCGUCGCUGCCGAGAGGCGCGUUGGCAGCUUACGGCAGUUUAACGAGGCCCGCCACUUUGCCGCGACUUCCCCUCGGGCUUGGCCUUGGUCCUGCGCCCGCCACCGGGAACGGGCCGCUGCCGCAGAACGACAGGGACAGGGACAGCAACGGCAGCAGCAAGAGAAACAGCGACAGCGUCCUCUGUCAUCGUUUGCCAUUGCUGCACCCGUUGCCCACGUGCGACGUUACCAGCCACCAAGGAACUGGCUUUCACGAGAUCUUCAACGCUAUCAGAGAGCCGAACUGCAAGCUGAGAUCGUUGAACGUGUCCAAGUGUUUGCUGGGCGGAUUAGACGCGGGCUGCCUGGGCGAGACCAUUAGAAGGGCGCGGAAUUUGGAUGCUCUAAGAGCUGCCGGUGCGUCCAGACCGGCGGACGUGAUGCCGUUGGUCCUCGCGCUGACAGAGGCGCCCUGUCUUCAGCUUCUUGAUCUGGCCAGUCCACGUCUAGCCCUCGACGAUCAUCCUUCCAGGCUGCUCUGUCACGCACUCGCCAGGAACACCACUCUCAAGCUACUCAGUCUCGAGGGAUGGACUUUUAGAAUAGAGGAAUCAGAGAGCCUAGCAGUAUUCUCCGAGCUACUCAGAUACACGAGCGUCCGCGAGCUGAGCCUUUGUAACGCCCGGCUACAUCUGGCCGUCCACGAGGGUCCUUUGUCGAGAUUAGGACGUCGGGACGACGCCGGGGCCGAGCUGUUGAGAGCCGCACCGCCUCCUGCCUGUCCCGCGAUUGUGUUUCUCAGGCUGGCCGGUUUUCAAGUGACAGUGAACGAUCGUCUGGCGCUACGAGGGCCGCUUCUUUUGCCAUUCCUCGCGGGCUUCACCGCUCUCAGCGAGCUCGACCUUUCGUUGGACAAGUCCACCAUAGGAGGCAGCAGCGGGUCGUUGCUCUUCAUCGACGACAAGAUCCUGCAACAAUUCUUCGCCUGCCUCUCCUCCCACUUUCGGAAUUUACAGUCCCUGAGGAUCAAUUUCUGGCGAGUCACGUUGGAGGACAGCGAGAAGACGAUGAGACAGAUCGCGAAAUACCUGAAGCUGUGCAACCUGAGUUUCCUGAAGGCGAACGGACUGAUCGUGACCGACAGCGCGAAGAAGGUGCAGAUGGAGCACGUGUUCGUCCAGACGAUCCUCACGCACCUUCAGUAUUUGACCUGGCUCUGUCUGGACGGGGUGGACUUGACGGAGAGCCAAGCUUCGAGUAUUGGAAAAUGCGUGAGAGAUCGGUUCCCAGGUACAUCGUUGGAGAUCAGCGCCAAAGACGUGCACGUAAAGUCCGUGAAGGCUUUGGUUGCCGCGAUAGAGGAGGGGGGAAGAGCGGAAGUCGUGUACACCGGCGGAUCGAACUGUAGACUGAAGAUCACGAAGAUCCAGAAGAAUAGCAAGAGCAAAAAGAAGUGAGGAUUCGUCCGAGCAUCCUUGGUUGUCGCUGACAUUGAAACUUGUUGAUUGUCCGGCCACGAAAGAACGUGAUCAUAGAAAUAUAACGAUUGGAAUUUGAUCCGUAGAUGAACGAAAUAGAUAUAGAAAGAGGCAAUGUUCGAUGUGUUGGUUGCGCGUGACUCCCGAGUAUCCGUGAACGAUCCGGUGAAACGGAUCUUGGAAGGAAGAAAGAGGCUAACAGAACGACUAACGCGAGAAUAUAAGCGCGUAGUUAUAUAUGGAGAGAGAGAGAGAGUGAUACGAGAUCGACGACGUUAGCCGUAAAAGGCAUAGAAUAAAAAUACUCGUACAAUGAAGGAGGAAAGAAUGGAAUGAAGCCGACACUUUGUGGAUUUUCGUCUUACUGUGAUUUCCUUUUCUGCGCAUCGUCCCUUUCAUAACAAUAUAGAUAAUAGAUCGUAGCGUUGUUAGCUCGAGCGUUAUUCUUGAUGGUCCGUUAAAAACGCAGAAAAAUGUCGAAAUCGUAGAGAUAGGAUCUUU